AUGUACUACAACACUAUAGCUCUCGCGAGUUUGCUGGCCGGCACUGCAGUUGCCGAGACCAUCCACGGAGUCCUGGUCUUCAGCCGGCAUGGAGAUAGGACAACCAAGCAUUAUGGAGCCCAGUCUCUGACCAGUCUUGGAGCGCAGCAAUGCUUCGAGGUAGGUAGCGACUAUCGAAGCCGCUAUCUCGAGUCCAACUCGCCUCACCGUAUCCUCGACAUUUCCGAAGACAAGUACGUCCCAUCUCAGGUCUAUGCUAGUGCUCCGGACCAAGCCAUUCUCCUGAACACGGCCACAUCGUUCCUCCAAGGCCUCUACCCUCCCUUGGUCGACCUCAACGCCGAGAUAGCGACGUCGACUCUCAACAACGGCAGCACAAGCACCAGCCCCCUCAACGGCUAUCAGUACGUGCUUUUGCGCGGCAAGAACUCCAACUCCCCGGACACCAUCUGGAUCAAGGGCGACGACGGAUGCCCGGCCAACGCCGCAGCCUACAAGGCCUUCGAAGCCAGCGACGAGUUCCGGACCCGCGUCGCAGAAACCAAGGACUUUUACGCCGGCUUCUACGACGUGCUCGAGAGCGUCUACGACUACCGGCCCGAGAACAUGACCUACGAGAACGCCUACGACAUCUUCGACCUCGUCAACGUGGCGCGCAUCCACAACAGCACCUCCCUGGCCCGCAACGUCACGGACGAGGAGCUCCUCCGUCUCCGGGCGCUGGCCGACAGCGCCGAGUUCGGAUACAACUUCAACGCCUCCCAGCCCGACCGGUCGAUCCACGCCAGGACCCUCACCGCCGGCAUCCUCGCCCAGCUGAACCAGACCGUUGCGUCCGAGGGCAAGCUCAAGUUCUCCCUCCUGUCGGGCAGCUACGACACGUUCCUCGCGUUCUUCGGCCUCGCGGACCUCAUCGCCGUCUCGGACGACUUCUACGGACUGCCCGACUACGCCUCGACCAUGGCGUUCGAGCUCGUCAGCGACGACGCCGCGGCGUUCCCCGCCGACGUCGACGCGGACCUCCGCGUCCGGUUCCUCUUCCGGAACAGCACGUACGGUGAGCUGACGGCGUUCCCCCUUUUCGGCACGGGAGAGGAGACGCUCUCGUGGCCCCGUUUCGUCGGUGAGAUGCAGGAGCGCGCCAUCAGCACCGUCGAGGAGUGGUGCAGUGCCUGCUCCAGCCUCGUGUCCUUCUGCGCCGCCUACCAAGACGAGGCAGCCAGCUCAAGCUCCAGCAGCGGUGGAGGAGGCAUGUCGAACGCGGUGGCUGGUGUCAUUGGUGCUGCGGUCACGCUCGGUGUUGUUACCAUCGCUGGCGGAAUUGCCUUCCUGUUAAUCAAGAAGCGUCGCUCGGCGCCUGUCGUUCAUAUUCCUGUCGUUUCGGCCGACAAGUCCAGCCUGCGCAGCGGAAGCAAUGUCUGA